GCGGUCUCUCUCGGUCUCCCCCCAUUUCUGCAGAUCUAUUCAUUCCGAAACAGAAGAAAGAAGAGAGGAGAAAACUCGAGAUCCGCAUCCAAGCGAGAAGCAAGCAUGGCGGCACCAGACCUUUUGUUCGGUCUCAGAAACAACUUUUUCUUGGGAGCUUUCCAAGCCGCCAUCAACAACAGCGACAUCCCAAAUCUCUCUCCUGAGGAUUCAAUUGAGAGGGACUGCCUCGUUCACAGAUCCUACAUUGCCCUCGGCAGCUACCAGCUUGUUAUCAACGAGAUCGAUUCCUCCGCCGCCACGCCUCUCCAGGCCGUGAAAUUGCUCGCGCUAUAUCUCUCGAGUCCCGAAAAUAAGGAAUCCACGAUUUCAAGUCUGAAGGAGUUGUUGGGAGAUCCGGCCAUUGGUAACAACCCGAUUCUGAGGUUGAUUGCUGGGAUCGUCUUCAUGCAUGAGCAAGACUAUAAUGAAGCUCUUAAACAUACCCAUCCUGGAGGAACUAUGGAACUGCAUGCAUUAAAUGUCCAAAUAUUCCUUAAGAUGCACAGGUCUGAUUAUGCAGAGAAACAACUAAAGAUAAUGCAGCAGAUGGAUGAAGAUCACACCCUUACUCAACUUGCAAAUGCAUGGCUAAACUUGGCAGUGGGUGGUUCCAAGAUACAGGAAGCAUAUCUAAUCUUCCAAGAUUUCUCUGAGAAGUAUCAGAUGACAGGGUUGAUCCUUAAUGGCAAGGCUGUUUGCUGCAUGCACAUGGGACACUUUGAUGAAGCUGAAUCACUGUUGCUUGAAGCACUAAACAAGGAUGCAAAAGAUCCAGAAACCCUAGCCAAUCUGGUUGUGUGCAGUCUUCACCUUGGUAAACAAUCUUCUCGUUACCUCAGCCAGUUGAAACUCUCACAUCCAGACCAUGUGCUUGUCACACGGGCAUCAGCUGCGGAAGAGGCCUUUGACAGAGCAGUUCAAACAAUUGCCUGAAGACUGGAUCAGUUGAUUCUGUGCAGAGAGGGUGAACUGUGUUUGUUAGUGUUAGCAUAUAGUUCUUUUCUCCUUGACGAGGGUCUUUCGGUUUUGUAACCUACAAGAGUAGACAAGUUGAAUGGCAAAAAGGUGUCUGAUCAGAGUGCAAAUUAUUUUACUAGUGAACGUUGUGAUGAGCUGCUUUUUAUGAUAAGGGCACAUGUUAUCAAGUAUUUCAAUUUCUUAUGUGUUUGGUGCAAAUGAAUACUAAUAAACCCAUUUUACAUUGCUAUAGCUAUAAUACUCAUUUACUUUUUAUA